AUGUCAAUCUCAGAUCCCAACCGUAUUACGUUCGCUCAAUCCUUCCUUUGCAGCGCUUUCGCCGCUUGUUUCGCUGAGUUUUGUACUAUUCCUUUGGAUACAGCUAAGGUGAGACUUCAAUUGCAAAAGAAAGGAAGUGUUGGAGUUGAUGAUGAUGGUGGAAUUGGUUUACCUAAAUAUAGAGGUUUACUUGGAACUGUUAAAACUAUAGCUAGAGAAGAAGGGGUUUACGCUUUGUGGAAAGGCAUUGUUCCUGGUUUGCAUAGGCAGUGUUUGUAUGGUGGUUUGAGAAUUGCUUUAUAUGAUCCUGUUAAAACUUUUCUUGUUGGUGCGGCAUUUGUUGGAGAAGUUCCUUUGUACCAUAUGAUACUUGCUGCUCUUCUAACUGGUGCUUUGGCAAUCACUAUCGCUAAUCCAACUGACCUAGUCAAAGUUAGGCUUCAAGCUGAAGGUCAUUUACCGUCUGGGGUACCUAAGCGUUAUUCUGGUGCUAUGGAUGCAUAUUCAACCAUAUUGAAACAUGAAGGCUUAGGGGCCUUGUGGACUGGACUUGGGCCUAAUAUAGCACGAAAUGCAAUUGUAAAUGCUGCUGAACUAGCUAGUUAUGAUCAAGUGAAACAGACGAUUUUGAAAAUUCCAGGGUUCACGGACAAUGCCUUUACUCACCUCCUUGCUGGCUUAGGAGCAGGUCUUUUUGCUGUCUUUAUUGGUUCUCCUGUUGAUGUGGUAAAAUCCAGGAUGAUGGGGGACUCAAGCUACAAAAACACAUUUGACUGUUUUCUCAAGACUUCCUUCAAUGAGGGAUUUUUUGCCUUUUAUAAAGGCUUCCUUCCUAAUUUUGGUCGAGUAGGAGCCUGGAAUGUGAUUAUGUUUCUUACCCUUGAACAAGCCAAAGGUGUUUUUAGAGGAUAA